AUGGGUGCUAAAAUAAGAGAAUUUCCUAAAUAUAAAUGGGAAAUCAAUAAAAAAAAAGGAAGUAAUAGAAUAACUCUUUAAUUAAUGAAAUCUAACUUGAAUGCUCUAACUCAUAUUGACUUACAGUUAAAAAAUUGUACUCUUAGUAAUGAACAAGUUGCUUAACUUAAUAAUUCCUUAGUAUAAUGUCAACAAUUAGAAUCUUUAGUUUUAAAUCUUAAUAAGGAAAAUAUUUCAGAUGAUUAGAUAAAUUAAUUAUUCACUCAAUAUACCUGGGUAAAGGAUUUUGUUGAAACUUGUAAUAAUGUGAGCAACGAUUAAAUAUACACCCAAAUUUUGUUUUUCCUAAAUCUUUUUUAGAUAAGUCAUGAUUGUCAAGAACUUAGAUUAAAUGAUAUCUAAGCUUAAGGAAAUAUUCUAUUAGAAGAAACUAUGAGUAAUCUAAUUAAUCUCAACAGUUUAUAGCUAAAUUUAGAUGGAAAUUAAAUAGGAGAUGGAGGUACAGUUUGGAUUUGCAAAGUAUUACGUAGAUGCAAAACGCUUAAUAAACUAAAUCUACAGCUUUGGAAAAAUAAAAUAGGUGACAGAGGGAUAUCAAGUAUUGCAGAAGGUAUUAAUAGUUGUGCUAAAAUCACAACUUUAACUUUAAAUGCAGUUGCAAAUUUAAUUGGAAAAGAAGGUGCAUUUUCUAUAAGUAGGACAUUAAGUAGUUGUAAAAUGUUGACUCAUCUAGAUAUUAAUCUAUCUAACAAUUAAAUUGGAGAAGAAGGAGCUUCUGCUAUUUGUAUAGUACUAGGUAGCUGUUAAUUACUUGAGAAUUUAAAAUUUAUGCUAAGUAAUAAUUAAAUUGGGAAUGAAGGAGCAUACUGUUUUGGAACAGCAUUGAGCAAAUUAAAGUUACUUAUUAAUUUAAAAUUUUGCCUUAGGGACAAUAAAAUAUAUGAUAAAGGAGCACUGAACGUUGGAUUAGGUUUAAGUAAGUGCAAUCAGCUUAAAAAUUUAGAUAUUGGAAUGCAUGGAAAUAAAAUUGGAGAUGAUGGAGUAUAAAAUAUUGGAUUAGGCUUGAGAAAAUCCAAUCAACUUACUAAUUUAAAAUUUGAUAUAAGCUAAAAUUUAAUUGGGGAUGAUGGAGCUUCUACUAUUGGUACAGCAUUUGGCGAGUGUAAAUUCCUUACUAAUCUCAAUUUUUAUAUUUGGAAAAAUAAAAUUGGUGAUAGAGGAGCAUAAAAUAUUGGAUUAGGUUUGAGUAACUGCACUCAACUUACAAAUUUAGAAUUUGUCAUAAGCCAAAAUUAAAUUGGGAAUGAUGGAGCUUCUACUAUUGGUAAAGCAAUUGGUAACUGCAAGUUACUAACUAAUCUCAAAUUUUACAUUUGGUGCAAUAAAAUCGGUGAUAGAGGAGCAUAAAAUAUUGGAUUAGGUUUGAGUAACUGCACUCAACUUACAAAUUUAGAAUUUGAUAUAAGCGAAAAUUAUAUUGGGGAUGAUGGAGCUUCUACUAUUGGUACAGCACUUGGUAACUGCAAAAACCUAACCAAUCUCAAAUUUUCAAUUUGUGACAAUAAUAUUGGUGAUAAAGGAGCAUAAAAUAUUGGAUUAGGUUUGAGUAACUGCACUCAACUUACAAAUUUAGAUUUUUUCCUAAGAGAAAAUAUUAUUGGGGAUGAUGGAGUUUCUACUAUUGGUAAAGCACUUGGUAACUGCAAGUUCCUAACAAAUCUCUUAUUUGACAUUUCGCGCAAUAAAAUCAGUUAUAAAGGAGCAUAAAAUAUUGGAUUAAGUUUGAAUAACUGCACUCAACUUACAAAUUUAUAUUUUGAGAUAAGCAAAAAUUAAAUUGGGGAUGAUGGAGCUUCUACUAUUGGUACAGUACUUGGUAACUGCAAGUUCCUAACUAAUCUCAAAUUUUACAUUUCUGACAAUAAUAUUGGUGAUAAAGGAGCAUAAAAUAUUGGAUUACUUAUGAGUAACUGUAAUCAGCUUACAAAUUUAAAAUUUGAUAUAAGCAAUAAUAAUAUUGGGGAUGAUGGGGCUUCUACUAUUGGUAAAGCACUUGGUAACUGCUAGUUACUAACUAAUCUCAAAUUAUACAUUGAGCACAAUAAAAUCGAUGAUAAAGGUGCAUAAAAUAUAGGAUUAGGUUUGAGUAGCUGCACUCAACUUACAAAUUUAGAAUUUGACAUAAGCGAAAAUUAAAUUGGGGAUGAUGGAGCUUCUACUAUUGGUACAGCACUUGGUAACUGCAAGUUCCUAAUCAAUCUCUAAUUUUCAAUUUGGGGCAAUAAAAUCGGUGAUAAAGGAGCAUAAAAUAUAGGAUUAGGUUUGAAUAACUGCUCUCAGCUUACAAUUUUAAAAUUUAGGAUAAGCAAUAAUUAAAUUGGGGAUGAUGGAGCUUCUGCUAUUGGUACAGCACUUGGUAACUGCAAAUUCCUAAUUAAUCUCAAAUUUUACAUUUAAGGCAAUAAAAUUGGUGAUAAAGGAGCAUAAAAUAUUGGAUUAGGUUUGAGUAACUGCACUCAACUUACAAUUUUAGAUUUUGAGAUAAACUGCAAUUAAAUUGGGGAUGAUGGAGCUUCUACUAUUGGUACAGCACUUGGUAACUGCAAAUUCCUAAUCAAUCUCUAAUUUUCAAUUUGGGGCAAUAAAAUUGGUGAUAAAGGAGCAUAAAAUAUUGCAUUAGGUUUGAGUAACUGCACUCAACUUACAAAUUUAGAUUUUAAGAUAAACAAAAAUUAAAUUAGGGAUGAUGGGGCUUCUACUAUUGGUACAGCACUUGGUAACUGUAAAUUCCUAACAAAUCUUAAAUUUGACAUUUCGGGCAAUAAAAUUGGUGAUAAAGGAGCAUAAAAUAUUGGAUUAGGUUUGAGUAGCUGCACUCAACUUACAAAUUUAAUUUUUAUCUCAGAGUAAAUUUGA